CUCUCCUUCUCAACGAUAAUUGAUCGUUAUAAUAUACAAAGAUGCCCUCUGUCCCUCUCCAUCUACCUGGAUCUAAUUCCUCCACCUCCGUCGCCCUGAACCCUCUCCCAACCCUCCUUCAGACUCCCUCUGGCCUCGCUCUCCUAGAGCUCCAAGGCACCAUCCAUGCCCCCACCGCGGAAGAGUCAGAUCCUUCUGCCGACAAGUCGGUAGCGGAAAUUGGAAAGCUGGUGUUUCCACUGUACUCAGAAUUGACCGGGCAAGAGGACACCAAAUGGAUGAAGAGGGUGUAUCUAUACGUGGGCAAGCACCAGAGGAUGACGGGCGAGGUCAAAAAGCUGGGGAAGCCGUUGGGAGUGCUGGCGCGGCGGAAGUCUGAGGACGACGGCGAAGAACUGGAGAUACUGGAGGUGGUGAGGUAUAAGAUCGUAUUUUCUUCGAGGCCGGAGCCUGUGGGCGCGGAAGCUGAUGGAGCGUCUUGAUGUUAUACUUGGCCGGCUCAUAUGAUAUUCAAGAAUAGUUAUACGAAGACGUUUGUUUCCUGUGAAGCACUGGAGAGUCGCCCGAGAGACUUCGAAGACCUUCAGCAGAUGAAACUAAGGCUUUGAGGCAGCGGUCAGGUAUGUGAGCAUGAAGGUUGCCAUCAAAGACGAAAAGGAAGAGUAAUUCAUAGUUGCAAGGCUCUCCCUUAUAUCAUAACGCUCGAGCUGCGUCGCUCGUUUGCGGCGCAUUGCAGCACCGAGUAGAUCGAGUAGGUGUUCGGGUAGCCUGAAUACAACAAUUCAAUACACAC